GCAGCAGCAGCAGCAGCAGCAGGACGACUGCUGGCAAGGAGGGCAGCCAAUGCGGCAACAACGAAGGAGGGAGUGGAAGGAUAGGUGUGUGCAGAGGCAGCAGUGGAGUGCGAGGAAGUGGAGGAGGGGGGAGGAGAUGGACAGGCAGACAUGGCAUGGAUGUAGGCUGUCAUGGACACAUGCACACGAUUGUAUGACAGAGCGAAGACGAGAGUCAAGCAGGCAGGAGAGGAUUGGAUGUGAUGGAGUGAUGGAGGGAUGGGGCGAUGGUGCGAUGGGGCGAUGGGUGUGUGCGAUGGAGGAGAAGAAAGUGUGGCGACUUGUUGUCGUGUGGGAGUGAGUCUGAGCGGAGAAGAAUGACGAAGG